AUGCUCGCCUCGCUCGCAGGUGGCGCCUCAUGCGGACCGUCAAACCCGCUCCAGCAGCUGUCCAAGACGUACGGUGCAGACAGAGGGGCUCAGCAGGAUCACUUUGGCUCGCAGGCGGGGCCAUCGGGUUCACAAUCGUUCCGCCAGUCGACCCCGACUCAAGCCCAUCCCUCCGAUCCCUCCGCCGCCCAAUUCUUCCAGCCGCACCCUUCCCAGCCCUUCGACCUCGCUCCCCUCCACCGCGCCUUAACGCCCACGACAGCCCAGCCGAAAUCGGCCUCUCCCGCACCGCCAGCAUGGGCACAAGCGUUCGUCGCGCAGCAAGGUCCGCCUGUCGCUCACAGCGCACAGGAGCAGGAGAUGUUUGCUCGCGCGUUUGGGCGGCCACAACAGCAGGCGCACGUGGAGCAGUCGGCGUGGAGGAGCGAGUUUCACUCGCAGCCGGCAUCGCAGGUCCCGCAAGUCCCGCAGGCUCAGCCGCAGGCCAUGUCGCGCUUGCACGGCCAGGGCUUCUCGAAUAUCGGUCCGAUGAUGUCGAUGGCGAGACCGAUGGGUUAUGCGCCGCAGCAGGUCGCGCCGGGGAUGCAGGAUGUCCAGAUGGACCGCGCCAGGGAGGAGCAGAGCGGGAAAGUCGAUUGGGAGAAGGCCUUCCUGGCACAGGAGGUGGCGCCCGCCUCUCAGCUCAUCACCGACUCCCUCCCCUCCUCAACCACCUUCGCCGGCAUCACCGAGACCCGGCCUCUCACGCCUCCCCUCCGCGCCCACACGCCCAUCGCCGACACCCAAGCGCGCGACGCACUCGCCGAAACAGCCGCUAACCUCCUCUCGACCGUCAAGUCGGCCGAAGAGCAGCGUCUCCGGACGCAGGAGCACCAAUCGGAACGCGAUGUGGGCGACAAGUUCGCCCAGUCGUCGUUCAUGGAGCUCAUGCGGCGGUUGAAGGACGGAGAAGUCGCGGUUGAGGGGGACAAGGUCGUCGAGCAGGUUCAGCCUGUCGCGGCGGCGGACAAGGGUAAAGGACGAGCGAGGGACGAUGGAUGGGCGACCGAUUUCGCUGCGACGAUGCGUGAGCCCUUGGAGCGCGAGGAGGAAGGACGGGUCGGACAGGCGCCGCCGAUCUUGAGGCCCGGUCAGUCGGUCGCGGAGCAUGCGCACGAGCAGCACGCUUGGGCGGGUGGCUUCAACUUCCAGGCCUUCCGGGAGAACCAGGCCCGCGACAACCAGGAGCUCCUGCGCUCGACGAUGGAGGGGUACGACGAGCUGGGCGAGUUGUGGAAGGACGAGGACCGCGCGCGGACUGAGAGGGAGCGCGUGGCCAAGGGCAAGGGCAAGGGCAAGGAGCGCGCGCCGUUCCAGUUCCAGGGCGACGGCGGUUCGUUCGCUCACGAGGAGGACAUGCGCGACAUCGUCGCCGACACGCACGUCCCGCUCGCGCAGUCGUCGUGGGAGGAGGACUUUGACGACCCGAGCAUGAUCGUCGGCGGACACCAGCUUGGUGGCGGCGUUGCGCGGAGGUUGUCCGGCGCGGGCAUGUCGGCGCAGCAGAAGGAGUGGGAUUUGCUCCAGAGCGAGUGGGACAACAUCGAGGUCUCGGCGGCGGGGCUCAAGCCGAAGAACCAGAAAGAGGCGAUGGCCACGGCUUCGACGAGCGCGACAAGCCACGGCUACGCGUUUGCGCAGAACAACCCGUACGUCGGCGCGCACUAUCACUCGUCAUCGACGCACCACCACGCCCAGCACCAGGGCAACGCGACCGACCUCGCUGCGGUCCUCUCCGAACGCCACGACUCGCUCCUCCAGCGCGAAGCCGACGUCCAGCACGACCCGACGAACGCCUCGGCAUGGCUCUCACUCGGCCUGAAACAGCAGCAGAACGAGCGCGAAGAGUUGGCAAUUGCGGCUCUCAGGCGGGCCAUCGAGUUGGACCCCCUCGUCUCGAACGGCGCCGCCCAUCUCGCGCUCGCCGUCAGCUACACGAACGAGGGCCGCCGCAGCGAGUCGUACGAGGAGAUCAACCGGUGGGUCUCGGCGCAGACGGGCGAGAACCGUGCGUACGCGAACGAGAUCGAGCAGUACCGCCACUUGUUUGGCGCCGCCUUGCCCGACAACACGGUCGAACGCCACGCGUACCUGUCGAAUUUGCUCAUCCGGCUCGCGCAGCACAGCGCUGAGAAGGGCGAGGGUGCGGCGGGUGUCGACGCAGACGUCCAGAUCGCGCUCGGCGUCCUGUUCAACUCGAGCGAGGAGUACGACAAGGCCGGCGACUGCUUCGAGGCGGCGCUCUCGGUGCGCCCGGACGACCCGCUCCUGUACAACCGCAUCGGCGCGACGUACGCCAACUCGGGCAAGACCGACCUUGCCAUGCAGUACUACCACGCCGCGCUCGACCUCGACCCGGGCUACGUGCGCGCGAGGUUCAACCUGGCCGUCGCGGCAAUGAACCUCGGGCAAUACGAGGAUGCCGUCCACCACCUCUUGACAGCGCUGUCCGUGCAGGAGGCCGACAUGGAGUACGACAAUAUGCAGCAGACUCCGCCCGUCAACGCUGCGGGCGUCAGCCACGCCCUCUGGGACUCGCUUCACGUCUCGCUCAUCCAGAUGCACAAGAGCGAGUUGGCGCCCCUUUGUUCGGCUCGCGACCUCCGCGGUCUCCUCCAGGCGUUCGCGUCCGACCGGUAG